AUGCUCUCAACAUCCCCGUCGUCCUCGUCCGACGCUCCACUCUUCACUCCUAGCGUCGCCGCCGCGCUCCUCGCACGCUGCACUUCCCGCGUCGCCGCGGCAGCGCUGCACGCCCGCCUCCUCCGCUGCUCUCGCGCCUUCUUCCGCUCCCCCUACCUCGCCAACUGCCUCGGCGCCGCGUACUCCCGCCUCGGCGCCGCACCGUCCGCCGUCGCGCUCCUACGCGCCACCGCCGCCAAGCCCAACGUGUUCUCCCACAACAUCCUCCUGUCGGCGCUUCUCAGCUCCGGCCUCCUGGAGGACGCGCGCGUGCUGUUCGACGGGAUGUCUCACAGGGACGUGGUCACCUACAACGCCAUGCUCUCCGGCUACGUCGCCGGUGCGCUUCCGGACGAGGCGUUCCGUGUCUUGUACUGCAUGAGGGAGCGUGGCGUCAGGCCAACCGCCUUCACCUUCUCCAUAGUAUCGUCGGUGGUUGGCUCUGUCCGCCGUGGCCAACAGCUUCACGCUGCUGCUGUCCGCCACGGCCUGGCACACCGUGAUGCCGUUGUAGGCAAUGCGCUUAUUGAUAUGUAUGGCCGGGUUGGGCUCUUGGAUUAUGCAGCGCGUGUCUUCUCUUGCAUGGAACAACCAGAUGUCACAUCCUGGAACUCUGUCAUGUCCGUUUACAAGGAUCAGGCUCUCAUCAGUACUGUCUUUAGGUGUUUCCGGUCCAUGAGGAGCAAAGGCUUUUCAGUUGAUGGCUUCACUGUGUCCAUCGUGCUCAGUGUUUGCUCAGAUAGGAAGGAUUUUGCCAAGGGUGACCAGAUGUUGGCACUCUGCAUUAAGACGAGUGUCCUUACAAACUCCAUCGUUUCUAGUGCUGUUAUUGACUUCCUCUGCGUGUCUGACAGACUGUCUGAUGCUGUUCAGCUCUUCAGAGAAAUGCCAACAUGGGCCUCAGAGCCUUGCAAUGCACUGAUAUCGGGCUAUGCUAGGAGUGGCCUAAUGGAAGAAGCCCUCAGCCUCUUUGCGGUGUCUAUGCGAAAUGGUAUUAUUCCAAAUGAGUUCAGUUUUGCGAGUGUGCUGAGAUGGAGUUCAUGCUUUGGUUUAAUGGAGCAGGGCACUCAAAUCCAUUGCCUGGUUUGCAAGCUUGGGUUUCAGAAUGAUGUAAUUGUUUCCACAGCCCUCACUGACAUGUACUGUAAAUUGGGGUUAACAAAGCAUGCCAGAAAAAUCUUCAGCACAGUUGGCGCCAAGGAUUUGGUGUUAUGGAAUACAAUGCUGCUUGGCCUAUUGCAAAAUGGAAGAGCUAAGGAAGCCCUUGUAAUAUUUAAAAGGAUGCUCAAGUGUGGUAUCGAACCUGAUAGAAUCACUCUUUUUGGAGCCUUAUCUGCAUAUGGUUUAGAAGGUUUGGUAACUGAAGGAAUGGAUAUAAUUACCCUGUUCAAAGAUAGGUACCAUAUUAUGCCUAGCCUGGAGCACUAUACUUGCGUGGUCGACAUGUUAUGUCGUGCUGGGAUGUUCAGAGAGGCAGUGAAUUAUGUAGAGAACAAGUUGCCAAAGUCUAGUGCUGCUACUUUCUCUAAUAUUCUGGAGGCCUGUAUAGUCCAUGGGAACAUUGGCAUGGUAGAGCUAGUUGCUGAAAAGAUGGUGAUGCAGAAAUCUCGAUUGUCACUGCCAUAUAUUGUUUUGGCUCAAAUAUAUGGUGCCAGAUGUAAGUGGGAAAAAAUGGCUGGAGUGUGGAGGUUAAUGGAAGAUCGAAGAGCAAAGAAGGUUCAGUCAUGCAGCUGGCUCUGCAUCAAGAAUCGUAUUUAUGUUUUUACGUCGGAACAGAUAUUGCACCAUGGAAAAGUAGCUACCUAUGAGGUUUUGGAUCUUCUAUUUUGGGACAUGACGGAUCAUAAAUAUGCUCUUAGUUUCGUAGAGCCCGAGAACAAUGAAGGAUUAGAUUGUGUCCAGCUGUUCCUCGACCAACCUGCUUCCUAA